CACACCACCAAAGUUUAGCUGGAGACUGCUGGAGGAGUCGGUCUCUCUCUUUUAGUAGUUUUUGUGUCUUCUUAGAGUUCGUAAUUUUGUAUGGUAAAAAAGCAGUGUCGAAUCUAUAACAUUUUCUAAUUAAAAUCAAGAUCCAGAUGUCAAUGAAGUGCCGCCAAAAUUAAAUACGUUUUUGUCAGUCACGCUAUACGUUGUUGUUGCAAUGACUGACAUAAAAGUUACGCCACUGGGUGCUGGUCAAGAUGUGGGCAGGAGCUGCAUCCUUCUCAGUAUUGGAGGAAAAAAUGUCAUGUUGGACUGUGGGAUGCAUAUGGGCUACAAUGAUGAUAGGAGAUUUCCUGACUUCACGUACGUAGCACGAGAAGGCCGGCUCACAGACAGAAUCAACUGCCUCAUAAUAAGCCACUUCCACCUGGAUCAUUGCGGAGCCCUGCCCUACAUGACGGAGAUGGUGGGCUACGAUGGGCCCAUCUACAUGACGCAUCCAACCAAGGCCAUCUGCCCCAUCCUUCUGGAGGAUUACAGAAAAAUCAACGUGGAGAGAAAAGGUGACACCAACUUUUUCACAUCGGAGAUGAUCAAAGCCUGCAUGAAGAAAGUCGUGACGGUCAACCUGCAUCAGGUCAUACAGGUGGAUGAGGAGCUGGAGAUCAAAGCCUACUACGCGGGACACGUGCUGGGGGCGGCCAUGUUCCAGAUCCGCGUGGGACAGAACUCUGUGGUGUACACGGGCGACUACAACAUGACCCCAGACCGUCACCUGGGGGCAGCGUGGGUGGACAAGUGUCGGCCGGACCUACUGAUCACAGAGUCCACGUACGCCACCACCAUACGCGACUCUAAAAGGUGUCGGGAGAGGGACUUCCUGCGGAAAGUGCACGACUGUGUGGAGAAGGGAGGCAAGCCGUUUGACCGAGCGUACAUAGAGAACCCCGGCCCCAUGGUAGUGUUUGCCACACCGGGAAUGUUGCACGCCGGACUGUCGCUGCAGAUCUUCAAGCGGUGGGCUCCUAGUGAAGCAAACAUGGUGAUCAUGCCAGGCUACUGCGUGGCUGGUACCGUGGGGCACAGAAUUCUCAACGGGGCUCGCAAGAUUGAGCUGGAGAACAAACAGACGGGAAUCAUGCAGCUCAUCUCUCACUGCCAGCCUCGCAACGUUCUGCUGGUGCACGGGGAGGCUGAGAAGAUGGCCUUCCUCAAGAACAAGAUACAGGAAGAGUUUGGGAUCGACUGUUUUAUGCCGGCUAAUGGAGAGACGAGCGUCAUCAAGACUCGCCACAACAUUCCGCUGGACACGGCUCUCAACCUGCUCAAGAGGCAACUGCUCCCGGCCGAAGCUGAAAAUUCUGCACAGGGGGCUUUGCUCAUGAAAGGCAGUCACAUGCAGCUGACAGAGCCGGCGGCCGCCUUCCGUGAGCUCGGGGUGGAGGAACACGAACUACGCUUCACGUGCAACAUACAGCUGGAGGAGGAGGGGAGGGUCGCGGACACGUCGGAGCGCAUCUACCGCGUCCUACAGAGGUGA